UAAAGAAUAAUAUUUAUAUUUUUUUUAUAAGUGUAAUUUUCUAGAAUUUGAUGGCAAUUUCAAAUUGCUUAUUACAUUUUGAAAAAAAUAACCGAUGAAUCAUUUAGUUAACGCCGAUGUAUUAAGCAUAAACGCUCCUGAAAACCUGCUGUUCGUUGACAAUUAAUUGUAACAGAUUAUGGUAAAAGCCCAUGAGUCAUGGAGCAACAUGUCUCCAACAGGCGCACCGGCUUUACCACCUCGUAAACUAUCACAAACUAAUCGCCCUCAAUCUGUCGAACCAAUUGCAACCAGACUGCAAAAUCCAUUGCAAGAACCCAGUUGCAUAGAAGAAGCAGAAUGGUAUUGGGGCGAUAUAACCAGAGAUGAAGUACAAGAAAAACUUACUGAUAUGCCUGAUGGUACGUUUCUGGUUCGAAAUGCAUCCAAUAAGGCUGGAGAGUAUACAUUGACAUUAAGGAAAGGAGGAACCAAUAAAUUAAUAAAAAUAUAUCACAAAAAUGAAAAAUUUGGUUUUUCAGAACCUUACAAUUUUUCUUCUGUUAUUGAUCUUGUGAACCAUUAUCGUAAAGUUUCUUUGUCACAAUAUAAUGCAACACUAGAUGUAAAACUAUUGUAUCCUGUGUCCAGAUUUCAACAAGAUGAGGAGUUUGGUACUUGGAAAAGUUUAAAUGUAGAUGUUGUAUGGAUGCGUUUGAUUGAUCUGCUUAAAGAUAUUUUGAAAAAAUCUAUUUCAUAUGAAGAAUUAUCUAAAGAAUUUCAGGCUGCAAUGGCCGAUAUAUCUGCAAUGCGCAUGGGAUUGCAGCAAUACCAGGAGGUGAAUAGAAUGUUUGAAGAUCAGCUAAGAGUGCAUGAUAAAUUUCUUAAAAAAGCCGAACGCCAUGAAGCUGAUAACCUAGUUGAAAAUAUUGAAAUAGUAAAAAAACGAAUAAAGUUACUGCUAGAUGGCAAAGCGGUACUUGAAGACAAAUUAUACACACAAGUGGCCUAUAGUCAGACAUUGGAGCGAGAAAUGUAUCAGUUAAAACAAGAAGGUGCAGUAGUUACACGUCAAAAAGAUAAAUCAGUUCGAUGGUUAUUGACUCAUGGAGUAGCUUUAGAUGCAAUUAAUCGACUAUUAAAUGGCACUGAUUGGAAUACAUGUAAACCUGAAGACAUUCAAUUGCCUCUGAACCUCUCUCAUUUAGAUGAAGGUACUUGGCUGCUACAAUCCUGUUCACGUGCAGAUGCUGAACGUCUAUUAAAUGGCAAGCGAAAUGGAACAUUUUUGAUACGACCCAGUCGUACAGGGCAAUCAGCAUUAUCUAUAGUUUGCAAUGGAGUUGUUAAUCAUUGUAUAGUUUAUAGAACUCCUAAAGGAUUUGGAUUUGCUGAACCUUACAAUAUAUAUUCUUCUCUUAAAGAUCUAGUCAUGCAUUAUUCUCAAACUUCCUUAGAAGAGCAUAAUGAUUCUCUGACUACUACGUUAGCUUACCCUGUGUUAGCUACAAAUGACAAAAAAUAAAAUGAGUAGUUUAACCAGUAUCAACAAGCACAGUAUAGUGUUUAUGCAAUAUGGUGAUUCAAUUGUUGUGAUAAUAAUUACCUUUUAAAUGUUAAUUAUUUAUUAGUAUUAACGAGUUAUUUAAUAAGGAGCAAUAUUUUUCAUAUAAGUGUGCAUUUAUUAAGACAUAUUAUUGAUGAAAUUAUAUUUUAACUUGUUUAUAUUUAUUAUACCAAUACCAACUUGUUUUCUUUUGUGUCCAAAUUUUUAUGUAAAAAUGUAUUUGUGUAUAGUAUACAUUAAAUUAUGUUAAAAGAAAAUUAUUAAUUUAUAAAUUUUAACAAAUUAUUUUUCGUUAAAAAAAAUGUGUUUUUAUUUUUGUAUUCUAAUAUAAUGGUAUAACAAUAGUGACACUAUAUUAUUAUAUUCACCUAGUGAGAUCAUUUAUCAUAAAUAUAAUAUAAUAUAUAGUAUAUACACAUAUAUAUAAUUAUUAACAAUAAUUUUUAAUGUUUAAAAGCAUAAUUGUGAUAAGUAUAUUAUAUUGUUUCUACCAUUGAAUACUCUUUUAAAUAUUUUCUUUUUUAUUAUUACUUAUGAAUAAGUAAAAUGUAACAUAGAAAUGAUACGAUGAGUUAUAUCAACACAAGAAAUAAUUGUUUUAAGCUAUAGAUACUACUUUUCUAAAUAGAUUAUACCAUUUAUACCGUUGAUGAUAUUAUUAUACUCCAAACAUUUAAUAGUAAUGACCUGAAAUAGGCUAGAAAUUGGAAAUAAUCCGAUGAAAAUUGACUCCAGUUGCAAUAGUAUUGAUUAAAUUCACUUUCUCAACAUUAAUAUUACAAAACAUUUUGCAUUCUGCAGCUGUUGUCUGUACCCUUUUUUUAUUAACUGAAAUUCUCCUCAAAUUUUUUAGAUUCUGAACGAAGUGAUGAAUAUAUUUUCCAUUAAAUUUUAAUUUUAGGCUAGGUAUAGUUUUAUUAAAUAAGUUCAUUAAAAAUAAAUCUUAAAUAGCUGAAAAUUGAAACAGGUUGUGCACAGCCACCUAGAACUAUGAGAAAAUUUCGAAAUGGGGUUUAAAGUAAAACAAUCUUUUAAUUUGUCUUAUUGAAAAUUAAAUCUUGCAUGACCAGGUCAACAGAUGAAAGUAUUAAAAUUAUAGGGUUGGACAUUUAAACUGUUUAAACUCGCAUGGCUCUACCAUCUGUACUCUUCAUGACUUAACUUCUAUUUUAGUUAUUAGAGUAUGUUCUGUACAGAUCUAAAUAAUAUAUUUAGUAUUUACCCUUUUUAAGGGGUUUCUAAAUUCCAACCCUAAAUACAUAUUUUUAUCUUGUCAGUUUGCUCAGAUAAAAAUCAUUAUGUAAAUAAAAAAAAAUUGAUAACUGAUAAAUCAAAGUUUGGGUUGAUUACUAUUAUAUUGGAAAUCGGUUCAGUAAAAAUUAUUUUUCAUUGUUUAUUUUCUAUUACAUAGGUACCCAACUUGAUCCAAGUAAUAAAUUUUUAAUUGCAAAUAGACGGGCACGUACCUAUAUCACGUUUAAAAUAAUAUCUAUUAUCAUUAUUAGCAAUUGGAGUCGCAUAAAAUAAACCGAUUAUCUGAAAAUUGACUAAUUAUAUGAUACGGACAUAAUAUAGUAACAGACAAAUUAUUCGUGAUUGUGAAUGUCGUAUCUCGUCCAUCAACAUUUUUGAGUGUCAGACUUAGUAUAAUAUAAUAUCAUUAUCUUGAAUAUUUGUUUGUAUCAUUUUUUAAGACUUCCGCAUUUUUUUUUUCGGCGUAUUCUCAAAUAAGAUUAUUUAUCUCUUUAUGUGAUUACUUAUUUGUUAUUAUUCCUUACCUCACAAAAAAUAAUGCUUGGGUUACUUUAUUUUUUUUUCGUGAAUUUGCUCAGUUACUAACACUAACGAGCUAAUGAAUGAUAAUAGAAAAACGUCACUAAGAAGUAUUUUAUAUUACCUACCGGUUUAUAUAGCAGUUAUGAAUAGUUAUGAUGGUUUACUCACGAAAUUUUAGACUUGAUAUUUCAUUUGUGAUUUUAAACGAAUACUUAAUACCUGGGUUCUUGCUAGGCUGUUAAUAAUAUUGUUUGCGAGACGUCGUACUUGCAUGUUUUGUCUGCGUCUUAUCUUACACAUACACGCGCCAUAGGUAGUGAAUUGACUUUAAAAUCUAAAGGUAAGAUUAUUAUCUAGUGCCUCACGUAACUUUUUAUUGCAAUUAUGUUGAAGUAUGUUUUAAAUUUAUGACCUUUUGAAACUACCUAUAUACAUUUUAAAAUAAUCAUAACUUCCUUAAAAAAUAACGCUGCUUACGAAUUGCAUCCCGUAUAAAAUAAUAUUACAAUACUAAUUGCAUCCCGGGUAGAAAAGCACGGCUGAAUUACGUCCCCACUAGGUGCCUGUUACAUUAUCUAAAAUUAUUGGUUAUUAUUAAUUAUUUUAAUUUUUUCGAUUUAAUAAAAAUGAUUAAGUUAAAGCUUCUUAAUAUUAUAAAACACAUAAAAAAAUCAAUAGAUUUUUACCAAUAGGCAAUAACGAUUAUAAUUUUUACAGUUACAAUUACAAAUGCAAUUAUAAUUUAUAAGCAAAAACCAUAUUUUUAACCUACCUGUAAUAGUAAUUAUUACCAUAGACAGUUCUAGGUCUGUGUAAAAAUGGGUAGGAAAUAUUGUUUAAUUUUUAAAAUAAACCAAACGCAAUUGAUACCUAUGUACUCAAAAAAUAACCGACAGUCAAUUCGGAAGGAAUUCGUAUGAAGCCAAAAAUAAUAUCAGUAAAAAGCUACGCGGAGCCCUGGAUAAUAAUUUUACCUUAAAAUUGUAUAAUGAUCAAUUUACUCAUCAAAACUGACAGUACACUAUUGAAACUGUGUAACGACAAUGUGAUGCUAUUACCUUUAAUAUAUAAUCAAUUUACCUAUUAAUAAUUUUUAAGGUAAUAAUAUUACCUAGGGCAUCUUGUAGGCUUUUUUUAUUAUGUAGUAUUUUAAUUUUUAAGCGAGUUACGAGAAUUUUAAAGUUUUAUUAUUUUACUUAACUUAAGUACCAACUUAGAUACUUUACUACCUUUAAGUAUGAUUAUAGGUAAAUUUACUCUAAUAUUAAAGCUAACAGCAUACAAUCGAUUCUACUAAACGAAAAUUUGCUGUUAGAAUAUUGUGAGACGGAGACAACACACGCGGUUAUGUAGCAUCCUUUUAAUCGCUUUUCUAUCAUGUUAAUUCAACCAUAUACUUUAAAAUGACAAUUAAAUUAUAUCUUUACUUAUUUUAUUUUAGAGAGGACAAUUUUGAUCGUCGAAAGCCACACAAGUAUCGUGACAAUAAAUCGCCUGAACGUCAACACC